AUGGAUAAUAAUAACAACAGUAAUAAUCAAGGGAAUGAGUUUUCUCAGUUUAACAAUAAUAGGAGUGGUUUAUUAAAUAUGGAUCAAAAAUCUCAAGAGUUUCCUCCAAAUAACAGUAUUCAACAAAAUCAAUUUAAAGACUAUAAUGAUUUAAAGAAAAAUAUAUAUAAUGGUUCAACAUCAAUAUCAUCAACAUCCUCCUCGACAGCAUCAUCAUCAUCAUCAUCAAGUAUGUCAAUAAAUAACGAAAAAAAUCUUAAUACAUUUUAUAAUACCUUAAAUCAACAACAAUUACAACAAAAACAAUAUCAAGAUGCAAUUACGAAUAGAAAAGCCCAAAUGUUUAGAAGUAAAAGUUCACCACAUGUACAUUCACCAAUGUUUUCACCAAUGGAAAUUUCAGAUAAUUACCAUACAACAACAACUACAACAACCACCUCUUCAAAUCAUAAUAAUAAAUGCAACAGUAAUGAUAAUUUAUCACCAAUGUUAAUGUCACCAGUGUUUAAUAGAUUAUAUUCUAGUCAUUCAAAGAGUACAUUGGCAUUGGAUGGAAAUGGUUUGGUUAAUGGUUUGCCUGAAGAAGUUUUAGUAAGAAUAUUUAAACUUUUGAAUGUUGAAGAUUUAUAUAGAUGUUAUAGUGUAUGUACAUUAUGGAAAAGAUUAUGUGAAGAUGAAGCAAUUUUCAGAAAAGUUUGUUUUAGGAACUAUCCAAUAUUAAAGAGGUAUUUAAGACCGCCAUUUGAAAAUUCUUGGAGAAAAUACUAUAAUUUAAGAAAGUCAUCAUUUUUGGUUUUAGGUGGUCCAACAUCACAGUCAACAUGUAUGGAUGAUAUUUGUGCAAAGUUAAGAUCAGUUGGUAUUGGCAAUGUUGAUAGUUUUUAUGCACAAAAAAGAUUACCAACUUUAGAAGAGUUGCAAAAAUAUACCAGUAUUUUAAUUUAUAGUUAUAAUUCAUCAGCAUUUUUAGAUGGUCAAUUAAUGGGAGAUGUUUUAUCAGAUUAUGUCGACAAUGGAGGUGGUGUGGUAGUAACCGUUUUCACCAAUUGUAAUAAUUUAAGAAAUGGUUUUCUUAAAGGUAGAUUCCUCGAGCAAAAUUACCAUCCAAUUAUACCAGCAAGACAACACGAUACAAAUGGUAAAAAGCCAUUGAACCUUGGUAAAGUUCAUGUCCCAGAUCAUCCAAUUCUCCAUGGUGUUAAAAGUUUAGAAGGUGGUCGUUCAUCAUUCUUUUGUUUGGGUGCAUUAAAUCCAGAAGCAAAAUUGGUUGCAGAGUGGUCAAAUGGUGUUCCAUUAAUAGCAGAUCUUAAAAAGAAAAGAGGUAGAGUUGUUGCCUUGAACUUUUUCCCACCAUCAAGUGACACCGGUGAUCCUAGAUUUUGGAACUCAAAUACUGAUGGUAGUUUAAUGAUGGCAAACUCAUUGGUUUAUGUCGGGAAAAGCUCGAUAUUUAGAAAAGCAAGGCUAGAAGGUGCCUCAUAUGUUAGUGAUCCAAAAAACAAGGAGAGUUCUGAUUCAAGAAACAAUUCGAGUUCCGAUUUAAGAAAUGGUGAUCCUUUAAACCAGUCUGGUAAUGCUUCAAAAAGAGACUCAAAGAGACAUAGGUUUCUAUCAGGGAAACGAUUUUCAUUUUUUAAACUAUUUUCAAACAAAAAAAACAACUUAAAUAAUCAACAACAACAAAAUAAUCCAUAA